AUGAUAUUGAAAAGGUUGGUUAGAGAUAGUACUUUAGGAAGAAUCAUCUAUAAAGCCACCAAGCACCUGUUUUUUUCGUAUCCGGAAGAAGAUCCCGAUUAUUUAGUACCGGAAAAAUAUUUCAUAACUCUGAAUCAUCUGUCUAAUUCUACUAUUGUUAGUAAUGAUGAUGAAAAAUUAAAAGAGAAAGAUCCCAUAGAUAAAAUUUAUAAGUAUAUUACUACUUGGGAUUCUGAUAAUGAUCCUGAAAAUCCUUAUAAUUGGACUGUAAGCGAAAAGGCAGUAGUCAGUAUUUUAAUUGGGUUUAAUACUAUUUGCCAAUACCUUGCUGCUUCAAUUUUCACUCCAAUUGCUGCUGAUUUGAAAGAAGAGUUUGGUGUUACCACCGUUCAAUCUUCGUUGCCAUUAAGUUUAUUCGUUAUUGGUUAUGGUAUUGGACCAAUGAUUUCAAGUCCUCUCACGGAAAUUUCUAAAAUAG